AUGGUUUAUCAAAGCUCCGUGCUGAUAAGAGAAGAAGAAAGGGUCCAGCUGCCAAUCUACUAUGUGAGCAAAAGACUCCUCGACGCCGAGUCAAGAUAUACCGAAAUGGAACGCUUGGCCCUCACCUUGAUGGUAGCCUUGAGGAAGCUUCGACAUUAUUUUCAAUCUCAGAUAAUACGGGUUCUCACUAAUCACCCGUUAAGACAGGUGCUGCAAAAGCCUGAAACUUCUGGUCGACUUCUCAAAUGGUCGGUGGAGUUAAGCCAGUUCGACAUUAAGUAUGUACCAAGGGCGGCGAUCAAGGGCCAAGCACUGGCUGACUUUCUGGCUGAAUUCUCCCAUAGAACGGCUCACACCACACCAGAAGAAGUCGAGAGAAUAGAAUGGAAGCUCUACGUGGAUGGAGUGUCGAGCGAUAACGGGUCCGGAGCCGGCAUCUUGUUAAUUAGCCCAGAAGGUCACAAGAUUACCUCGGUGGUUCGAUUUAAAUUUAAGGUGUCGAAUAACGAGGCAGAGUACGAGGCGCUAAUUGCAGGGCUGCGAUUGGCCAGUCACCUAAAAAUUGAAAGGCUCAGCAUCUACAGCGACUCCCAAUUGAUCGUCAGGCAAGUGAAGGAAGAAUACCAAGCGCGCGGCGAGAAAAUGGGUGCGUACUUAAGGAAGGUAAAGGAAGAACUCGUCAAGUUCAAAAAUUAUGAGAUACUUCAGAUACCACGAGCUGAAAACACCAACGUUGAUGCUCUGGCAAAGCUAGCGUCUUCAAAAGACUCCGACGCAUUGGGGGUCGUUCCUAUUGAAGAACUAGAGCGGCUGACCAUUGAGGAAGUGAUUGAGACAUUAAUCAUCCACACAGGCGAAAGUUGGAUGAUGCCGCUUAUCCAGUACCUGAUGGAUGCAAAACUACCAAACAAUAAAUACGAGGCCAGACGGAUCAGGGGGCAGUCUUUAGCUCUUAAGAUUUUGAGGCAAGGGUACUACUGGCCCACGCUUAAGAAGGACGCAUACCAAUACGCUCGACAUUGUGACAAGUGCCAAAGGUAUGCCACAAUUCCUAGAACACCCCCAGAAAACCUAACUUCCAUUCUCAGUCCGUGGCCCUUCGCCAAAUGGGGAGUCGACUUAAUCGGGCCGUUACACCUUGCACCCGGAGGCUUUAAGUUUGCCAUUGUCACGGUUCGGGGCCCCUACUCGAUAGUGUCCGACAAUGGGAAACAGUUCGAUAAUGCCUCAACAUGA